AUGGCGCAAUGGCGUUUUGGAUCUUCUGCACUUGGAGAGCUUUUCAACCAGAAUGUAGAACUCUUCUACAUCUUCGAAUCACUCUUUCCAACUACAAAAUUAAGGAAAUUAAAGAAUGUAACGCAGAACACUCCGGAAAGCAAAGAAAUGGCCAGAGAUAUACUUCGCGGUUUAGCCAAGUGCGAUUUCAAAACGGACUAUGUUGAGAUUUUAAAUCAUUGGGGUGGUUCACAUAUGAACAGAGGACUCUGUUUGAACAGUACAUCUUGCAGAAUGCACUCAGCAAGCGCUCUCGGGGAAUUUUGCAAAGAAUUUAAAGGUAAACUUGCCACGAAGAUCAUCCACGCCGAUCUAGACCUUCUGAAGCCGCUGGUGGUUGAGGACGGUAUCAAUCUCAAAAUUAUUCACCUUGUUCGUGAUCCCCGUGGAGCUGCCUCGUCCAGACUACCUGAACACCGGUUAUCCGCGAAAUGUGGCUAA